AUGGUUCAAGACCAUCCUGCUCGGAUACUAGCUGAUACCGGUGCUGGUUUGUCCAUAGUCUCAGAUUCUUUCAUUAGUAAGUACCAAAUACCCACAAAACCCAUAAAAACAAGAUCGAUCCAUGGUGUCACCGGGCACCAACUCUCCAUCAAUAGUUCUGCGAGCAUGCAGGUAUCUAUUGGUACACACAAUCUGGGUGUGGUCGAAGCUUCAGUGGCCGACACUGCGGACUAUGACCUCAUCCUGGGGUUCACUGAGCUACGGAGGCUCAAACCCACCAUACAAUGGGAUACGGGCCAGCUGGAGUUCAAGACUCAGGAGCAGGACCGACCCCCUAGGAGACCCCCUGAAGCAGCAAGAGCAGGGGACCUAACCAUGAGGAGACCAACCCUUCAUGGUAACGAGUUUGUCUCAGCAGAGCGCAUACUACGAGCAGCUCUGGAAGAUGGACCCAUAGGGUUCAUGCUGUUAGAGGAGCCACCAUCAUCACUCCCAGCCUUUGGUUUUGUACCUACAGGCACAGACAAAGGAGUCGAGAUGGAGGUGGAGGUAGAUAAGGUGGUGACGGCUGCAGACAUACCAAAGCCAUACCAACACCUGCGAGAUGUGUUUGAUGAGGUGGAAGCAGACAAGCUGCCCCAUCAUACCGAGCAUGAUCUCCACCUCGAGUUGAUAGAAGGAGGGAAGCCACCUCAAGGGCCCCUAUACCUUAAGGGACCCAAGGAGAUGUCCGAGUUGAGGAGGUACUUGGAUGAGAACCUCGAGAAGGGGUUCAUAAGACCAUCGAAGAGCCCGGCACGAUCACCGGUGCUCUUCGUACCAAAGAAGGAUGGAGGUCUCAGACUCUGUGUGGACUACAGAGGUCUCAACGAGAUCACUGUCAAGAACAGGGCACCAUUGCCCCUCAUCGAGGAGCAGCUGUUCUUACUCAGGAAGGCAAGGAUCUAUACCAAGCUAGACCUUAGAGCAGCAUACAACCUCAUCCGGAUUGCUAAAGGAGAUGAAUGGAAGACAGCUUUUGGCACUCAGUUGGGACUCUAUGAGUACCUAGUGAUGCCCUUUGGCCUAGCCAAUGCUCCGGCUCACUUCCAGUCAUUCAUCAAUGACAUCUUCCGAGACAUCAUUGGGAUAUAUGUGGUAGUAUACCUAGAUGACUUCCUGAUCUUCAGUGACACUGAAGAAGCACAUGUGAAGCAUGUCACCGAGGUCCUCACUCGCUUAAGGAACAACAGGCUCUUUGCUAAGCUGUCGAAGUGUGAGUUCCACACCAAGACAGUCGAGUUCCUGGGGUACAUCAUCAAGCCAACGGGCAUAGAGAUGGACCCAGAAAAGGUGCGCACUGUCAAGGAGUGGCCAAUGCCGGAGUCAAUCCAUGACAUCCAGAGGUUCCUGGGUUUUGCCAACUUCUAUCGAAGGUUCAUAGCCCACUUUGCUCGCAUAGCCAAGCCCUUGACAGCACUGGUAAAGCCUAUAGAACGGUUCAAGAAGUUCGAGCUACCAGAGGAGGCCCAACAGGCCUUCCACAAGCUCAUCCAGGCCUUCACAUCAGCAGGAGUGCUUCAGCACUUCGACUACCACCUUCCAACAAGGAAGAUGUCUUCUGCCGAGAAGAACUAUGAGAUCCAUGAUAAGGAGCUCCUAGCUGUGGUCGCCUGCCUCACUCAGUGGCGACACAUGCUAGCUGGACUACCGAACCAACUGGUCAUCCUCACUGACCAUGAAGCCCUCAAGUACUUCAAGUCACAGAGACGCAUCACAGGUCGACAAGCUCGAUGGGCAAUACUACUAGCAGACUUCGACUUCAUAUUACAGUAUCGACCAGGAGACAAAGGUGGUGAACCCGAUGCUCUCACCAGAAGGACAGACAUGCAACCAGCCGGUGAAGAGCAGGAUCACAAUGUGAGGCAACUACUGCCUCCUCAAGUGUUCAAGGAGACAGCAGACCAUGACUCGCUCCUAGUGGCCCCCAUGAUCUCAAUGGAGUCCAUAGCAUCAAAAGGUCUCAAAGACCUGGUCAAGAUCUUCCAGCCUUUAGACCAAGAGCUACAGGAGAUACAUAGGAAGAAGCCUUUCGAACUCAAGGAUGACCUAUGGUACAGUGGAGGAAGGUUGGUUAUCCCCAAGGUGAUCAUGCCAGGGAGGACCAACAACCGACACUCAAGGAGUGCCAAAGAGGUAGAUGGACAGUCUCUCUCUGUAGAGCAUCUGCGAUUCAUGGUGAUGACCCAAUGCCAUGAUGGUAUCACUGCUGGACACGUAGGAAGAGAUGCUACCAUCAAGGCAGCUCAACGACAUUACUGGUGGCCAAACAUGACAGCUUGGAUUGCAGACUAUGUAGCAAGUUGUCCUGUAUGUGCUAGGUACAAAGCUCCUCGUCAUCGUCCAUAUGGGUUGCUACAGCCACUAGCAACCCCAGACAGGCCCUGGGGCUCCAUAUCCCUCGACUUCAUUGAAGGACUACCACCAUCAAAGAAGUAUGACUCCAAGACCUAUGACUCUAUCCUAGUCAUCGUCGACAGGUUAACCAAGUUUGCCAUACUAGCUCCAACCCAUAAGACAGUCACGGCCAAACAGACUGCAGUAUUGCUAUAUGGACACAUGGUUAGACUCUUCGGAUAUCCAGAUCACAUGGUCUCGGACCGAGGCAGGCAGUUCAUAUCAGGAGCAUGGAAGGCAUUUGCAGAGCAAAUGGGUGUGAAGCACUCACUUAGCACGGCCUACCAUCCUCAAACUGAUGGUCAGACAGAGAGAGUCAAUCAGGUCAUAGAGCAAUAUCUCAGGAUGUACUGCAACUAUGAGCAGAAUGACUGGGCCAACCUGCUGGACACUGCGGCCUUUGUAUACAACAACACGGUCCACAACAGCAUUGGUGUCUCACCAUUCUUUGCAUGCUAUGGAUGGAACCCCAAAGCUCAUCCUGACAUCCCUCAACGACUAGGAGUCAAUGAUCCAGGUCGCUUCGAGUACCUCAUGGAUGGAAAGGAGCGUUGCAAGUACCUCCAGGAGCAGAUCAGAGAGGCACAACGUAGAUCAGUAAACCAGUAUAACAGGAAGCACAAGGACAUCGAGUUUAAGGUGGGUGAUAUGGUCUAUAUCAACCGACGAAACUGGAAGACACGGAGACCCACACCCAAGUUGGAUACCCGGUUUGCAGGACCCUACCCAGUUCAGGAACGGGUAGGACGCCGAGCUUACCGAAUCACAUUGCCAGCAAACCUUAGGGUGCAUGAUGUGUUCCAUGUCUCCAUGCUCGAGCCAGCAAGAACAAGUUCUCUUCCUCAACGUGCUGAACAGCCCACCAUGCCACCACUUCCAGAUGAGGACCUCGACUUCGAAGUCGAAGCACUCAUCGACAAGCGUUCACACAAUGGGACUACAGAGUACAAGGUGUUGUGGAGAGGGUACUCAGAAGAAGCUGCUUCAUGGGAACCAGUAGAGAACCUCAACUGUCCCGACCUCAUCCAGGAGUAUGAGGUGUCGGAGGGGGGACGAUGUCAUGGGCCUGGAUGCUCAAGAAGCAGGAGGGUCACUGGUUCAUAUGGACGGAGCACAGGUAUCGAAGACCUAGUCGAUACCAGUAGAGAGCAUGGUCGUAGUGCAGUCUCCAUGGAGACCAUGGACUCCUAUGGAUUCACAUGCAAAGGAGCACUGAGCCCAUAUGCGAGGAGGACCAGGCACAGCCACGAGGAGGACCAAGCUCAAAGAGCAGGCGCAGCCAUGAGGAGGACCAAGCUCAGAUGGUUACCACUCAGGGGCUCGAGAGACAGGAAGUCGACACAGGUCAUGAGGAGGAGGAGCAGUGUCGAAGGAGUCGACACAGGUCAUGAGGAGGAGGAGCAGUGUCGAAGGAGUCGACACAGGUCAUGA